AACGUGUAUUGUUAACUGUUGGUUAUUGAUGAAGAUGUAGGUAGAAAUGACGGCUCCAUUCAACAGGGUGGUGACCCACCCUUUCCGACUGCGAACAUGGACAGGAGUGCUUGCGCUGGCCAAGCCCAGCAGGGUCAGGCCACGUGCACAACUCAGCCGAUUGGAACAGGCUAUAAUGUUUCAUGAAACAGAACUACCAAAGCCACCUUCAACACUGGCGGUGGAUUAUAUAGACGCAACAGAUCGUUUCCACGAUGGUGUACUGAUUGUUGGCCUGGGUACUGGAGUUGAUGCCUUCCCGCAGCUGAAGGGAAUGAUGAGACACUAUACUAUCGAAGGGUGUCUGGGAAGAGCAACGGACACAUUUACUUCAGAGGGCUCGACUAUUGAGGACCGCAGCACCGGCCCGCUGGACAUGGACAUCAUGACUAGUGUACUGGAAGAAAAGUUCCGUGGAGAAGUGAUCCUUCCGUUGCCGCCGGUCAAACUUCUCGACGAGCGGCCAAAAAUGGACCGUCAAGCAUUGCGCUACUUCAGGAGAGAACAGGAGGCGCCGGCUGUCAUAUCACACUUUGACUUGGUGCGCAAGCCAUACCUUAUCAAAGAAAUCUACUGCUCAGCAUUUAACCUGCCCAACUUCACUGUGGAGGUGCUGACGUCUGGAAACAUCAAUCCUUACGGACUUGUUUACGCCAUAGCGCAUGAGCUUGGAACUUGCGGGCAUGCAACACGUUCACACAUUGGAAAGAUUGGCCGCUUCUCGGUGUCCGAAUGCUUAUCUGAUGAGAUGCUGGACGAUCCUCGUUGUAUUUACAAUGCAUUAUGCAGUAGCUGGGGUCUGUGGGACACCAGGUUUGUCAGCAAGAAGUUCAAACGAGCACGGGCGGAUAGCAACCGAGAAAGUAUAGAACGAGAGAAGUUGCUUGAGAGGAUCGAUGGCGAUCCACGCAAGCGCGUGGCCAUAGAAAAGUUGUCACCGCUAAUGGCCAAGGGAGCCCUAGCACGUGAAGACUGUCCUCCUGAAGCUGGUCCGCUGAGAGAGAAGCUGAUUGGGGGCAAAGGCCACCGGCAUCUUCAGAAGGUUGUGUCUGAGAUUGGGUCCGAGUUCCAUGCUACAGAUGUGCACCGAGCACCAGAAGUCUUAUCCACAGAUGCUGCUGUGGAGGAUGAACUGUCCGAUGCUGACGGUGAUGGUUUAGAACUGGAGCCACUGAAUGCAAAGAAGGCUCGCCGAUCACCCGGUAUCUCCUCCGAUCCGAAUGAGUUUGCUGCCUAUCGAGGCGGAAAGCCCAUUGAUGAUGUGGCGGCACGGACGAGACGCGAGCUUGACGGCCCAGGACAGCAUGGCAGGUCGACACUGCGCGGCCUGAAAACCAGCCGUGACAGCAGUCGACAAGUCAAUGACGUGCUCUCGCGCUUUUCCAGUGUGAAGGACCGCUUGAAGGAAAUGCAUGACGCGAAACGCCAGCGCCACGAAGGUGGUGGCGUAAACUGGAAAUCAAAGUACGGUGUUUAGAUAGAUUUGCUCUAGGAUCAAGGAUCCCUCAAACUUUUACCAGUACAACUAGCGUGAACUUUAUAGGUGCUGGUUUGCCUGUCGUUGCACUGAUACCAUGGAUGCGUGGGUUAGUAGUGCUGGUACGCGUGUGCUGCCUUCUUCUAAACUCUCUCUCUCUCUCGUUCUAUGCAAUAGCAACACCUUCUACACAAUAUGUUGAGGCAGGCAUAGCAUCUUGAACACGUACACUAACUUACAAUGUAGUACAAGUAGGUAUUAUCAGCAGCAUGUGCCUUGUGGUGUGUUGCACAUACUGCCUAGUUCUUGUGGCUGGCCAUGAGAAUUCUUGCCUGUGUUCUUUCAGAGUUUACAUAGUUUCUUUGAGAUCUUUGAAAAUAGGACUCGAAGCAUAAUUCACAAAAUGUCUACUAG